UUGAAAAUAAUCUCAGUUUAAUCAGAGCGAAAGUUACUCUUGAAUUAUACUAUACGACGAUUUUUUCUGGUUCGUGGCAACACGUCGAAACUUGUAGUAACACAAACGUGUGCAGGGGAUAGAUUCUUCCUACAUGACGACAGUUACUGAAUUCCUGUUUACCGAGUACAGAAAAGCUGUCUGAAAAACUCCUCUCAUUUUGUUCUAAAAUUGCUUGCAAUUUUUAAUAAAAGCGCAGUAUUGGAAAAAAGUGAGCAAGCUCGCUGGCAAUAAACUUUUAAGUUUUAACAGCAAAGACGUCGCCCGUAUUUUGACUAAAGUUAAGUGCACUAAUCAGCCCUCUUCUUUGGACCAGUUGACGUUUUUUCCACGCAGAUCUAAGUGCGCCAUAGAAACAUCCUCCAAUAAUGACCGAUGCGCUGGACAUUUGUUGUAAUUUGUCUUCGACUGAAAAGAUGAGGAAACAGCAAACCAUACUCACGUGUAAAAUGGUAUUAAACGUGUUUUUGGUCAACAUGUUCUCCACUUCUAUUUUGAUUUGCAUACACCUCGUGAACGCCUCUCCAAUGGACAGUCAGCUUUACAGUUCAGUGGGAAGAAUUUGGUUGACCUAAAGAAUUUUCGGUUUGUUACUUAAAAGGUCCAGAUUCUGUUUUAAACGGGGUAAGGCGGACUUAUUUCAGUCUGACGGGAAAAGAUGUGUUUUGAAAAAAUUGGGAUUCGCUCAUACAACCGUAGUAGCGGCAAUAUACCAACGCUCGAGGUUAUUUUCACGUCCUGAUUGCAUAGCAACUUGUCCACUUUUUCAGCCAAAACGUACUAAUUAGUCGUCAAAGGGGAAAACUCGCACUGAAUUUUGCGAUAGAAAAUGAAUACGGGAGGAGAUGCAGGAGUGACUGCGUUGUAAAGCAUUUUUAUGGAUCGCCACGAAAUGCCAUAAUUUCAACUGAAAUAAUCAUGCUUUGCUUGCAUUUGUGACCCGGCGACAGAUGUUUCUGACUGCUACGUGACGAAGACGAGGCAAUGGAGGCGUUUAACCAAGCUUAUGACGAAUUUACAGGUGUUCAUUCUCUCAAGAAUGCAAAUUCAUCGAAAGGCUGUCACGCAUUCAGCUUGAAAAGCUCUUCAAAGGACCGUACACAAGAUAGAAAACUUCUUUUCAAGAUCUCUUCGCUGCUGGAAAAGAAAGAAAUAGAAGUCGCAUCUUACCCAGAAGAUCUCUUUGAGGAACAAGAGCAAUCAGACAGCAGCGAUAUUGACGUCAGUGGAGAACAAGGUUAUUCACUCAAUGACGACGAUUGCGAUCAGGACGUCAUUUUCGCUAAGAGUGGCUGCGAUGAUAAAGUAAAACUCACAGACGAGGAAAAGGAAACUUUCGUCUCAGAAGGACUUCCAGUACCAAGCAGGAUACCACUGACUAAGGUAGAAGAAAGAGCCCUAAAAAGGAUUCGGCGUAAGAUUAAAAACAAGCUUUCUGCACAAGAAAGCCGACGAAAGAAAAAGGAGUAUGUCGAAGGUUUGGAAAAAAGGGUGGAAACGUGCAAUUCAGAAAACAGCAUACUUCGACAAAAAGUGGACUCACUUGAAUCGACAGUAAGAGCGUUGCUGACAGAGCUGAAUAGAUUACGUAAAGUUUCUCUGGAGAAAGAAAGAAGAGAAAGACCUGAAAUGAGAAGCAAAGGAACUCAGACGGGGACGUGCUUAAAAUGUCUCAAGAAAAGAAACGCCGUUUACAAACAGCAAAACCUGGCAAGACUGGAACAUCUCCGAAAAAAUAACAACUUCUGCACACCUCAGCCUUACAGCUUGCACAAGCUUGAAACACAAAGUUGAACCGAGGAGAUGACAAUUGGCUUCCAAGCAGUUCCUGUCCUACAGAGCAAGGCCGAUUGUAAUAGUUCUCGUGUGAUGUAUUUGUAUGAUGGUGCUGGAAACAAGUUCAGUUAUAUAGAAACAACGGGAUGUAGAUGGAAUACUUUUAUCGAACGUUGAGAAAGAAGUCAUCUUUUAGAAUUAUUGAUAUAUUGGCCAUUUAAAAUCAAUUAAUUGCAUGUAAAAUAUGGGGAUACUAUGUAAAAAAUACCUUGACUUUGCAAUACCUUUAUAUAAUUCCGCCCUGGGAAUUCAGCUCCUAUAUCAAUAGGGUAAAUGUUUUUAAACUACUUAUACUGACAGAUCAGAAAUCCAUACGAAAUUUUUGUAAAAAAUCUUGAAAAUCGGGUAGACUUCGAAGAUGCAGUGUGUCACGUAUGUCAUGUGAAAUGGCUGUAAAUAGUUUUUGACUGGAAUUUUUUUUCUAGAGGAGUAAAUAGCAUGUAUUUAGGAUACAAGUGCAGUUAUUACAAGGAGGUUAAAAGAACAAAAGUCUAAUGUAGAAAAGUAAUCCAGUCGUUUAAAAAGAAGCAGGCGACGUGCUAGAAUUUCCCUGUAAACCCCUUUGGAAAGAGGAAACUUCAGUCCUUGGUGCAACACUGAUAUGAGCCAAGAACUAGGUGAUUUCUAUGAAGGUCAAAUUUUAUGCAACGUCUACGUUAUUCCUGUUACAUCUGAAACAUUAACACUCCGGAUUAUAAGAUAAGGAGAAGCAAGCCGUAAACAGUUGAAACCUUUUUAAUUUUGUGCUCUGUUCCGUUGCGCUCCGUCGACCAAAAAUUUUAAGGCUAUCGAUCAGUAACUACUGAAAAGCCUCACUAAAUAGAAUAAACGAAGAGUCGAAGGUAAGCUACCUGAGACAGUCUAAGAAUAGUCAGUUCUUCUCUGAAAUGGCAACAAUGAAUUGUUCUCGCUCGAUUGGUCAAUUUAAUUGGCCAGUGAGGUCUAAAUCAGGUUUGAAACUCGACUUGCUCUGCCAGGCUCUCCUUAGAAACAGAGAUUUGAAAUAAUAUAAUACAGUGAAGUGGGUCCUCAGCAGACAUCUUUCCAUUACCGAUCUUCCCUUAACACCUUCAUUCAGUCUAGUCUACGCCAUGAGAACUUAAGCACGGAAAACAACGCCUGUUCCUCGUUCUUACUUGAAGAUUUUGGAUUGACCGGUUUGGGUUGUUGAAAGUUUCUCAAACUGGACUGGAACGUUCAUUCCAAAAACAUCAUUUACAUUUCGUUUUCUAUAAUCCUUCGUUGAUAUUUACCUCCCAAAAUCCCAUCUGAUUUUUUGUCGUUACGUUCACAGCAUAUGUUUUGAGGUAGAA